CUGUUUCGCACGCGUCGCUUCCGCCGCCGGAAGAAGCCGACAGCUCUGCGGAGCAGGAAGAAGUGGCGCCCCCUAGUAAGAAGAAGAAGAAGAAGAAGGCGGAAACGGCCAGCGAGUCAGAGGGGGACGGCUCCGACGUCGACAGGAAGAAGAAGAAGAAGAAGAAGCGUCGGAAGCACAAGAAGCACCGGAAACACAAGCACAAGAAGGAGGAGGAAGGCGAGCGACUGCUGGCGCCACCUGGUAGCAGCCUCGACGAGCUAGAGAAGGAGCUGAGAGAGAGGGCGCUACUGUCUAUGAAUAAGGUGCAGGCGACGACGCUCGAGGAAUUCGAGGAGCAGCUGCGGCUGCGCGAGGAGGAGGAGUCACUCCGCCGCCAGGUGGCGCAGCAUGCGCACCGGCAGACGGCGAAGUCGGACGACUGAGCGCCGCCGACGACGACCGUUCGCUUGUUUGUGCCGCGGGACGAUAGAUGGCGUGACGUGUCGGAUUGCUUGAGAGAGCGGCGAGAGAGAUGGGAGGAGAGCUCGGUGUCUCCCCCUGGGGGUGCGUUCGUAGUUCGCAGGCGGCAAUUUGCCGGAGAGAAUGAGAGAGGAGAGAGAGAGAGAGAGAGAGAGAGAGAGAGAGAGAGAGAGAGAGAGAGAG